UCGUGAACAAAGAAUACAUGUAGCUGCUUAGCAAGCUUCAGAAAACGGGUUUCGCGAGGACUUGCUGUAGCACUGGCUGGUUGAACUGCGGCCAAGAGAGUACGAAUGUUCCACGAGCCAACCGUACGACGGGAGGACAAGGACAAAUGGCUGGGCCCUGACCGAAACAUGAGGCUGAAGAGGAAACUGUCCAGGCCCGAUAACGCAGACGGACCAGCACCAGAUGGGAGAGAGAGGGACGGAUGAGGCACAUCUCCAAGCAAUUUGCGACAGGCAAAGCUAGAACAGGACUGGACAGCAAUAAUUCUGAAGCCCGCAGCCGAAACAUCACCCAAACAGGUGAUCCCAGCGGUCGCCCCCGUAGCCUGAGGCCCGCACUCUUCCUGGUGUUUAAAAACGCUGUGCAACUUAACGACUUCCUCCUCCAACCGCUCUACAACAUGAGAGAUAACUGCAUGAACUUCCGGAAACUUCUCAAACAGGAGCUUUACAAAGACAAGGGAAUCAGGGCCUCCCGAUUUGUCGAACUCACGGUGGCAAGCCAGAACGGGUACCUCAGCGUGGCGAAUGGUGCAGAUGCCCCCGCCCAGCCCGUCGGAACCCAUCUCCUUGUCAAGUGGGCGCACGGCUGCCGAGAGAGCGCCCCUGAUCUUUCUCAUGGCAAGGGAAAGCAGCCGAGCACCUGGCUCAAGAUCCCGCCUGGCGCAGAAGGUGAUCAGCUGCUGCGGGUAGAUCGGGUCAGGGAAGAUUAAUGGCGGCUUGGAGAUGAGCGCGUUGAGAGAGUCCGUGGCCUUCAAGGGGUCGGAUAAAUCGAGUGCGAUCUUCUCAAUCGUGCCGAAAGCCCGCACCGCCGGACGAACGCGCUCCUGUGGAACAGCGGCCUCGACGAAGAGCUCCGCAGCUCGUUGCAGACAGCCCUGCGUCAUCUUCCGCGGAACACCGACAAUGAUAGCGCGGUGAGCGCGUUCCAUGGGUUCAUGGCGGGAUCCAGCACUCGGGCGCUCAGCGCGUCGCCCAGCACCACGGGGGAGACGAAGAGAGGAAGGCGUCGGCAGGCAGUUCUGCUGGUCAGCUAUCGCACUGUCAAUGCUCUUCAUCUUGGCUUCAACCACAAACGAGACCGCACUUUGAACAGCUUCAACCUGAUUCUUUUCAAAAGCGUCUGGACCUCCUGGGACAGUCUCUGCCCGAAUGGAACUAUUAUGUUGUUCGGUUCUCGAAUAUAUCCGAUGAGUUGCAUCAUCCACGACGGUGGUGAGGUCGGAAGAGGAACCUAGUCGAGCGAAUUACUGGCACGGCUUCGAGUCUUCUUCCCAUGAAACCUGCUGCUCUCAAAAGCGAAUGUCGUACCUGUUAGGGCGUUCACCGGAUGGAGACCGCGAAGACGAGGCAUGUUCCUGCUUGGCCCCGCGGGCCUUCUUGUCAGUCUUGCGGACGCCGCGGCCAGCGCCACCCAUGACUGAAGGCGAAACGGGAGCGAUACGCGUCGUGGUGGUGGAAGACCAAAAUCAGAAUCGGUGCCAGCAGGGCGAACCUUUGGCGGUCCUUGAAGCUGACACGUGUGAGACUGGGGAGAACCUCCUGUAGGACGUUCGAGCCGCCUCCGCAGCGUCCACAUUCGAAACGCCAGGGACGCACGUUUCGAACUUGAGUCAACAUGGC